UAGUUUAAUUAAAUGAGUAUUUAUUUGUAAGCACUAGAUUUUUCUUAAAAUCAAUACAAUUACGUCUAUGAUAUAAUUAUACUAUGCCAUCAAUUGAUUCAACACUCAAAGUUUAUUUUAGAAUUUAUGGGUAGGAUUUUCUCGAUCUAUUAUUAACAAUAUUAACUAACAAUUAUUUUGAUAACGGCGAUCCGUAUAUUGGCGACGGCCGCGGCGGUGGCAGCGGCGGAAAUUGAACAUUACAAUCGAACCAAUUAACACGCUCUGCUAUUAUAUUUAGUUAUUUGUAAAAGUGUUAACUACCCGUUGCAGUCUUACUUCGUGUUUCGUGUAUACAUGCUCUUUAUAUUGUUUCAACAUGGAAAAAAUUAUUUUGAAUGCUCCCGUGAUCAUCGAAGAUAUUGAAUUUCCUGAUCAAUCCGACUUACUCAAUUUAUUAAUUAAAUUAAAAGGAGAUUGUUUCUUCAACGCAUUUAUUGAAUAUGGAAUAACAUCUGAAAGCCUUAAAUACACAAACGAAAAACACUUAAAUAAAAUUUGUCCAAAAAAUUUGUAUGGACAAAGAAUUAUAUUUGAGAAUCAUUUGAAAAAGUGGCAGUCUAACUUUGUUGGUAAACAGUCUACUGUUAAUGCAAGUAAUGCAUUAGAUUAUUCAUCAGAUUCAGAGAUUUCUGAAUACUCUACUACAAGCUCCAGUAGCAGUAGUCCAAUUUCUUUUAAAAAUCAAAUAUGUGUAGAAGAUAUAUUAAAUUUAUCUGGAAAGGGAAGUAUGAUAUUGUCAUUUUACCAAAAAAAUUUAAGGCUAAAUGAAGAAUUAAGAAAAAUGUUAUCUGAAAUAAUUAUUGAAUACAUGGUCCAGAAUAAAGUUUAUGCAUCUCCUAAAAUCAUUGAGUAUAUUUCUGACGGUAUUGUUAAUAUAUUCAAAUCUGAAGUCAAGGAAACAUAUUUCAUAAAUGUACCUGGUAAAAAACCAAAGGGAAUAUUGUACCAAAAGUAUCAUAAUACAUUAACCAAAUUACGACGACAUCAGUUAUGGUGUCCUCCAAAAAAAGUGAAAAAAAAUUCUGAUGUUGCUACGUUAGAGGAAAUAUCUACAUUACAAAAGAUAACUAUAAUAAAUGAAGAUUUAAUUGAAUUAAAGAAAUGGCUUCAGUUUUAUGUUGAACCUAUUAGUGAAGUAACUUCAAAAUGGCAAAAAACUUGUGAAAUUCGUAGAGAUUAUUUAUUGUCACAGAAUAUCAACAUAGCUGAUAUUCUUGACGAAUGGCCUAUUUUGAAACAGUCAUUUGCCUACAAUUUGAUUGAUAUUGAUUUUGAUUAUAUACAUCCUACAAAAGGAAACUCACUGUUUGUGAAGUGGGAUACAUUUAUUAUUAAUAUUAUUCCGUUAAUGAUCACUAACAUAAAAGAUGGAAACAGCAAAUUAUUACUCAAGCGUUUAAUAGAAAUUAAAGAAACAGAUAUUGAAACCAGAAAUCACUUAGUUUUGGAUUUAAUGAAUGCUCUAUUGGUUCCAACUUCCAGAUCAUUUGAAAUAAAUCCUCUUACCAACAAACGACGCAUAGUCAAAACAUCUAUUUCCGAUGCCAAAACGUCUUUUUUAUUACAAGUGGUUUCACUGAAUGAUUUACAUGUUCAAUGCCAAUUACAAAUUGACAACGCUUACAAAAACAAAGAAAAAGUACAACCAUUUAUAUGCAUUGUUGGAGCUGACAUAGAUGGUACAAAAGAUUUUUAUGUAUAUUAUUUCAAUACUUAUUAUAAAUUACCUAACAUAGUUCGUGCAUUAGACACAUGUUUUAAAAUUUUCCAAGUGUUCAAUUUACAGUAUCCCAUUCAAUCUGUUUUAGUUUGGACAUUUAUACAAACAUUUCUCUAUGAUAUUCAUAAUGAGUGUGAUGUUAAAAGUUCUUCCUUAACAUCAUUAAUUUCUGAUUUAUCUACUAUUUAAAUUCUCAUAGUUAAAUUUAGUAUUUAUAAUAUUGUUAAUUCUUUUUUUUCAAACUAAUAUUUUGGUAACAUGACUCAUUUAAAUAAAUAAAUAUUUAUGUAUAACGAUUUGUAAAUAUAAAUUCAUUUAUUUAAACAAUGGAUCUAAUUUGCUUUAUUUGUAAAGAUUUAUUUACUGAACUUGAUCAAUUCAUGGUACAUUUAAAGUAUGUUCAUUCAUUAUCAUCAUCGAGUUUUUAUCGCUGUGGUAUAUCGCAUUGUUCACAAACUUUUUCGGCUUAUCGUACAUUUUCUAAACAUAUGAAAUGUGAAAUGUUAAAUAAUAUAAAUUCUAAUCAUAAUUUUAAAAAAAAUAAUAAUUCCUCAACUAAAAUUGCAAAUAACGCUAACACAAAUAUAGAAAUGGUCACUUUAACACAUGAACCUUGUGCUAAUUAUGUUGAUAUUGAUGGUUUAGAAAAAUGUGCAAUAAAAUUUUCUGCCCAUUACUAUGUAAAAUUUAAUUUUUCCAGGAAAGAGGCUAUCCAACUUCAAAAAAAAUGUAACAAACAUAAUAACCACUUCCAUCGCUCAUGAAUUAAAGAAAUUAAUUCUUGACAAUAACACUAUACAAAAAAAUGCACUUAAAUCCAUCAUUCAUUUCUGUGAAAAUCCAUUUGUAGGACUAGAUACCGAGUUCAAAUUUCUUAAAUCAUUGGAAAUUAAUGAUUAUUAUGAAAAGCCUAAAAUUAUUACUUUGGAUAACACCAUAGAUGAUGUGCGAAUGAAUAACAUUA